UCUUAUGAUUUUAUCUACAAAAAAUAUCUUACAAGUUUAUAUUUAGAUCUCUAUAUAAAUAUCAUGACAAAAUCUUAAAUUAUCACAACGUGAGAUUGAUUCGUCACAUAUUAGAUAUUAUGCCAAAAAAAGGACUAUAUUAAAGCUACUUAAUGUAUUAAGAUUGGUGGAAAUUAAUAUAUGCUUAGACCAAGUUUUAGCUGCCAUGGCUUGACUAACAGUUUAUUAAUUAUUAGAAGUCUGUCGUAUUUGUUUCUUCUAUUCUAUAUAUAAGAGUUUAACACUUUCACUUAUGGCUGCGAAUAAAAGUUUGUAUAGCUAGAGAGAGGAAAUGGACGUAAUGAGGAGAGGGUUGAUAUUGUUAAUGGUUUUCAUGAUUCUGCAGAGAGGAAAGGGGCAAUUAUUUGAAAAUUUCUACAGUGAUAAAUGUCCGAAUCUGGAAUCCAUAGUGAAACAGGAAGUGUCAACGAAGUUUAGCCAGACAUUCGUUACAAUACCUGCUACUCUGCGCUUGUUUUUCCAUGACUGCUUUGUUGAGGGAUGUGAUGCAUCAGUCAUGAUUGCAUCGCCAAAUGGAGAUGCAGAAAAGGAUGCUCAAGAUAAUCUCUCCCUUGCAGGAGAUGGAUUUGACACUGUAAUCAAGGCAAAGCUGGCAGUGGAACAACAAUGCCCUGGAGUAGUCUCUUGUGCUGACAUUUUGGCUCUAGGUGCCAGGGAUGUUGUAGUUCUGGCUGGAGGCCCUUCAUGGGAAGUAGAAUUGGGACGUCGAGAUGGCCUCGUAUCACAAGCAUCCAGGGUUGCAGGAAAUCUACCAGAGCCUGAAUUCAACCUUGUUCAACUUAACACCAUUUUUGCCAGAAACAACCUUACCCAAUUCGAUAUGAUUGCACUCUCUGGAGCUCAUACUGUAGGCUUCUCUCAUUGCAACCGCUUUGCAAAUCGCUUAUACUCAUUCUCUUCAUCAUCUGCUAUUGAUCCUACUUUGGACCCAAACUACGCACAACAAUUGAUGCAAGCCUGCCCUCAAAAUGUAGACCCCAGCAUUGCCAUCAACAUGGAUCCUGUAACCCCACAAACUUUUGACAAUGUAUACUACCAGAAUCUAGUUUCUGGGAAGGGCUUGUUCACUUCAGAUCAGGUGCUUUUCACUGAUUCAGCAUCUGAACCCACCGUAAAUGAUUUCGCUAGCAACCCUGGUAACUUUAAUGGAGCCUUUAUCUCAGCAAUGAGGAAACUUGGAAGGGUGGGAGUUAAAACUGGUAAUGAAGGAGAGAUAAGAAUAGACUGCACAAAAUUUAAUUCAUGAAAGGAGGAUGAAGAACAUGCCUAAAAAAAGGAGCAAUUGGUUACGAAAUAAAUGUUCCCAAUUCUUUCUCUGUUUUGUUUUUUGUAUCUUCUGGUUUGGCACAGGGUACAUGAAGAUCAGACAACAAGGAUUUUCUCUCGUUUGAAAAAUAAUUUCCCUAAUUAUAUAUAUAUAUAUAUAUUUUAAUUCUGGUGCUUGUCGAUGCAUUUAAAGAUGCCAUUGUUUUUGUAAAUCAUACCAUUAAAGGAAUUCAGUGCCGCAACUAUAUAUUUCAAGGCUACUUAUU